AUUGUUCAUGUUAAUUUAACAGAUUUCCACAAAAGUUAACAGAAAAUAUCGAUAUGAAGUUUUCAGUUAGAAAAAUAUGAAUCGGUGCAACGCUAUACAUAAAUAAGAACAAAACAGAAUUGUUUAAUCUGACAUAUUGACCCAUAUAGCAACACGUACCUUGGAAACCAAGAAAACAAUGAAAUUAGGUCAAAAUGCACGCAACCGUUAUUACGAAGUUCAAGUAUUGUAUUAAAGAAGACGAGAAAUAUGUUUCUGGAUACACCACAAAAGCCACCUCGAACCCUGCGAUAUGUGGAAAAAGCAUUCGACUUGGUCAAAUCGAAAAAACAUGUUCGAGAUGUAGUGAUCCUCAACGAGUCGGGACAUCCGGUGAUGAGUACGAUUCACCGAGACGAUGCUGUCCAAUUUUCCGGACCUUUUCAGGCUAUUCGAGGAAGACUGGAACGCGGUAUGAGUAAAAUAGAUCCCACGGACGAACUACUAAUGCUGAGAAUACGCACAAGAACCAACGAGGUGCUCCUGGUGCCAGACUCCAAGAUAACACUACUCGUAGUACAGAACGCGCACGAUUGCUUCGAAAAAUGAUGCAAUAUUUUUGGCUAUGUAUUGUUAAUAAGAUCCAAUCCACAUAGCUGGUCACGUCGGUAUACAAUCCUGCUCCUUUGCAUUCUGCACCCCCAAAGCUUAAGAUUCCUAACUGCACCUCAUAAAUCUGAUUUAAAGGAAACCUUAUUCGCGUGGUCAUUAUUAUAUAGAGAAGGCGAGAACACUAAUCAGUAAUCGCGACUACUAGAUACCCAUUCAUAGCUAGCAAACAGAGAUGCAGAUAUGCAACAUUUAGUCAGGGAAAUUAAUUAAUUAAUAACUUCAAAUUUCAACACAACAUGAGUAACGUAUUGGUUAGGUGGACAAAAUACUUUUGAAACUCAUAAACACUUAUGAAUGCUCGAUAUUCAGACGUACGGACAUACGAACACGUAUUGUCCUUAUACUUGUAAAUGGUACGGUUACAGGAUGAUGUUCAUAUACAUAUGUUAAAUAAAGACACUAACGUGUAU